AUGCAGCCGGUGCAGCGCACGGGCUUGGCCUUGGCGGCGGCCUGGCCGGGCGUGGGGCUGAAGCCGCAGUUCAUGCUGCUGCCGCUGGUCCUGGCUAGCGCCAGCGCCGUUGCCUGGCGCCGGCCGGAGCGCAGCGUCUCGGUGCUGCUGGCCCUGGCUGCCACCCUGCUGUCGCCUUUGGGGGUGGCGCUCUUCCGACCCCUGGUGAGCCUGGUGACCUCCUUGCUGCUGAAGUCCUCGGCCAAGCACCUCAGUGACAUCCUGGUAAGGACGACGCUGGAGCUGGUGCGGAACGAGGAAGGCAUGGACCAGCUGGUCGACUCCGCCAGCGAAGCCAUGCGCAAGGCCAUGACCAACAAGCAGGUGCAAGGUGCCCUGAAGGAGACGGUCAUCGACUCCCUGCAGGAUGAUCACCUGCAGCAGGAGAUGAUCAAGACUUUGACCAAGGCCGCCAUCCUAUCCUCCGGCGACCACCUGCUGCGCGCGCACCUCCUCGACGUGGGCAAGGAUGCCCUGGUCCGCGCCAUGAAAGAUGAGGGCUUCAUGGCUGAAAUGGUGUCCAUGAUCUCGAAGUCCGCGUUGGCCGCUUCGCGGGACCGAGAGCUCCGCGAGAACACCUUGGAUGUCGUGAAGUCCGCGGUGACGGAUGCGCUGAAGGACAAGGGCUUCAUUCAGGAGAUGUUCAGCACUCUGACUCGCGCGGCCAUCUCUGCGUCCAAGGACCCUGACCUCCGCGAGUCCCUCCUCUCGGUGGUGAAGGAGGCCGUGGUGGAUGCCCUCAGGGACCAGGGCUUCAUGGAGGCCUUCCAGGAGGCCAUGUGCAAGAGCCUCAAGGACUCAAGGGAUUCAGUAUGGGGGGGGGGGGGGGAAGGGUUUAGGGUUUAG